AUAUCCUCUCUUUCUCUCUUCAUAAACACACCCCUCUCUCUCCCAAUCUCUCUACCAAUCUCUCUCCCAAACUCUCUCCCAAACUCUCUCAACCUCCUUAAUUUCAACUCCCUUUCCUCCUCCGUUCAAACUUUCAACAUUUGACUUUCAAACUCUCUGCAAAUAUCUCCGUAUCCGAUUCGAUUCAAACCGAAAUUUACACCGUUCAAUUAACGUAACCCAAACCAAACCAAACAUAUCUGAUAUAUCGUGUUUUCGUAAAAUGUUAGAGUAUCGCCGCGAAUACUCAGACGGCGAAGAAACAAACUCAAACACCACAAACAAAAACUCAACAAGCUCCAUGAGCAGCUCCGAGAGUUGCCCUAGCUUCAGCCGCUUAUCAUUCGACGCGCUCGAAAACACAUCGCUUUCUCACUCACCUGAUCUCCUCACGCUCAAGCCGCACCGCUCCUCCGACUCCUCCGUUCAGGCCAUCCGCUCCGCCACUUUCCGGCGAAAAAACUCCGGCGGCGGCCUCGGUUUCCGUGACUUCAGCCUCAUUCGCCCCAUCGGAAGCGGCGACAUCGGAAAAGUGUAUCUCUGCCGUCUCAAGAGCGAUGAGAGCUGCUAUUACGCUAUGAAAGUGGUGAAUAAAGAUAUUCUGGCGAUGAAGAAGAAGCUUCAACGAGCCGAAACGGAGCGAAAAAUACUCAAAAUGCUCGAUCAUCCUUUUUUACCGACGCUUCACGCCGAGUUCGAGGCCUCGCAUUUCUCUUGUGUUGUCAUGGAGUAUUGUCCUGGUGGCGAUUUGCAUUCUCUCCGCCAUAAACAACCUCACCAGCGAUUCUCAAUCAACUCCGCUAGGUUUUAUGCUGCUGAAGUUUUGGUAGCACUGGAGUAUUUACACAUGUUAGGAAUAAUAUACAGAGACUUAAAGCCUGAGAACGUAUUAGUCAGAUCUGACGGUCACAUCAUGCUCACUGAUUUUGAUCUCUCAUUAUGCUCUGAUCCCAUCGUGGCCGUUGAAUCACCCGAUAUCUCUCCUGUCUCGUCAUCCUCACCGUCGGUUUCAGCGCGAUCCAAAUCAUCUCCCAUGCCAUUCUCGUGUUUCUCAACCCGGUUCUUCCGGUCCAGGAAAAUCCAGUCGGAAAACCGGUUAUUUGUAGCCGAACCGGUGACGGCCCGGUCUUGUUCGUUCGUCGGGACUCAUGAGUACGUGGCACCUGAGGUGGCGUCAGGUGGGGGCCACGGGAGUGCGGUGGACUGGUGGGCCCUGGGGAUUUUUAUCUACGAGAUGAUAUAUGGACGGACCCCGUUUGCUGGUGGGACCAAUGCGGACACAUUACGCGGCAUAGUCAAAACGCCGCUAACUUUUCCAACGGAGUUUGCGUUGAGCGGGAGUGAAAUGCACGCGCGUGAUUUGAUUUCGGGUCUAUUGCAUAAGGAUCCGAGUAAGCGAAUCGGGUCGAAACGUGGAGCGGGUGAGGUGAAGAGCCACCCGUUUUUCAAGAAUAUGAAUUUUGCAUUGAUCAGGACCGUGACGCCACCGGAAGUCCCGGGAUUACAAAGAAGAAAUGGGAUGGUUUGCAAGGACAAGAAUGUGAGGAAAUCGGCGCCGUUCGAGUUGUUUUAAUAUAAGUGAUUCGAGGAAGUAGGGAUUUUGUCAUAGAAGAAUGGUCUAAUCUAACACAUUUAUAAUAUAACGAUGAUGUAUAUAAUUAUGUUACUCCUAUAAUUUAUAUCCGGUGCUAUUACUGAUGAUAAUAUACAAAAUUUAUGAAUUA